AUGUCUCUUUCAAAGAUAAAGCAUAUAAUAUUAGUCUGCGGCGUGGGCAAGUCUUUUGUGACUACACAAUUAGCGCUCUCGCUCUCGCUAGCUAGUCACUCCGUCGGCGUUCUCGAUAUCGACCUGACAGGCCCUUCCAUCCCCCGCAUGUUUGCAGUCGAAGACACAAAAGCAGGGACUAUUGGCCCACUGCACGUUAUAUCUCUAGGCUUCCUUCUCUCGCAUCGAGGCGACGCCGUGGUGUGGCGCGGUCCGAAGAAGAGCGCCAUGGUACGCCAAUUGUUGUCGGACGUAAUCUGGGAUGCGCUCGACUAUUUGCUCAUCGACACACCCCCUGGCACGAGCGACGAACAUAUCUCACUAGUCGAGACCCUAUUGCACACGACUGCCUCUAGUCCUGCUUAUCCGGAUCAGCUAGCUGGUGCCGUUGUUGUGACGACGCCACAAGCGGUGGCGACGGCAGACGUACGCAAGGAGCUCAACUUCUAUGUGAAGACGGGCUUGAGGGUCCUAGGGGCUGUCGAGAAUAUGAGUGAGUUUGUGUGCCCUAUUUGCUCGGAGUGCACGCAUCUUUUCAGCUCCAAAAGCGAUUACGUCCCUAUUGAUCCAGAAUUUGGAAUGCUAGUAGAAACGGGUAAAUGCUCAACUGAGACGAUUGUUCAUAGGCGAGAUAUUUCAAAGUCGAUACUGGCAAGUGCUAGUAAGGAUGUAGACGAGAAUACAAGUGUGGAGGAAUUAACUUUAUUAGUCGAAAAAUACCGGAGCUACUCCCUAGCUCCAUUCUUUAAAGUGAUCAUAGAUAAGGUCCUUGUAGUUAUUGAUUCUGCGAACGCGGGCAGUAGGCAGCAGUAA